AUGACCUUAAGCGGUGCGCCAAGUUUCUCAUUGGAGUCCUAUUGGCUAGACAGUCUUGUGAUUGUUGGAAUACUCCAGUUGCUUAUGACUAUGGCAACGAAUCCAGAAGAACUUUUGUCAAGUGUGUCCAAUGCUUAUUACCCUAAUGAUCCUCAUUCUUACGAACAAUGGGUAACUUACAUCAACAAAAUGGAAGAGAAAGUUAGGACAGUGGGAAUAGAUGAAGAUAUUCCUAAAGUCCUUUUAGAAGUAUAUGAGGAUGCUGUGAAUAAUUUAGAUAUCGAUUGGACUGAUGAGAGGUACCUUAUAAUUUUUUUCCGAAGAGUGGUUCUGGAUGUGUUCCAAAAUGGUGAAGAUAGUUUCCCAUAUCUUGAUGCAUGUGCUCUUUAUGGAUGGAAAAAUGUUCACUUAAUUGUAGGCCUAGCUCAUCAGUAUUGCAUGAAUGGUGAUAAAGCCAAAGCAAAAUGGGUAUUAAAUGCUUCGAAAAAGCGUUAUGAUAGCAGUGGAGUAGAAUUACUACGAAAAGCAGAGAAUUUAGUGGACAACGAUGGCGACUUCAAGCCAUUAGUGGGUCCAUUCUACUACUUACCAUAUUCUAAACCUCGGGAUAUAAAUGCUGAAUUGAGUCCAGUUAAACCUUCUACGACAUCGGAAGUGAUUAGUUCCAAUGGUGAAAAUGCAUCAAUUGUUCGUCUGACUGCGGAAACGGAUCGAAAAAUGCUAAUCAGCGAAUUCAAGGAUUCAACGAACUGUACAUCACUUUACACUCCACCAGAGCUUAUUCAAAUCGAUAUGCAAGGCUCAGCCGAAAAUCCAGGACGAAAUUCGUCCUUAGAACCGUGUUCUUCGUCCACUAUUUCAAUGUCUGUGGGACUUGAGGAACUUUCACCUCUCCAUGGUUGCGAUGGAUUUGGAACUGGGGAACACUACCAUUCUGUAGGUGUACAAACCGAUUUAGAAGAUGCAGAGAAGAAUGAAGUCAUAGUUGGAGGUGAAUUCUAUCGAAUAAUUGGUAGAUUAGGUGAGGGCGGUUCAUCUGUGGUGUAUUCAGCUUUGGAUGGCAAUUUCAAUCCUUGGGCGAUUAAAGUAGUCAGAUUGAAGGAGAGUACUCCGAAGGAGUGUGUCACUUCCUACCUACACGAGAUUGAAAUGCUCAAACGUUUUCAGAAUAGCGAUAGGAUUAUCCGAUUGCGAACAUAUCUGCAAACACCGGAGCUUAUUAUUUUGGUAAUGGAGAAAGGCGAAUGUGAUCUGAGUAAAAUUAUUAUUGAAUAUGCUUCUGAAGGAAGUAGCACAUCGUCUUCAAAGAGACACAUCCGUCCUAUGCUGCCAUCAGCUGUUAUAUUCUACUGGGAUCAGAUGUUAAGAUGUGUGAAAGAACUUCAUGAUCUAGAAAUUGUUCAUUUAGACUUGAAACCGCAAAACUUUGUUUUAGUUAAUCACCGAUUAAAACUAAUCGAUUUAAGCCUUAGUCAUGAAUUGUCAAAAGAAUCAGUAACAGUAGACGAUUGGGUGAAUUUGGGAACUGUAUCGUAUAUGAGUCCAGAACGAUUAACAAGACCGGUGAAGUACAACAGAGAUUUUCUAUUUUAUCAUUUUAUAAUGGAGAAAAAGACUGAUCUACCUAAGAUUGGUAGGAGGUCUGAUGUUUGGUCGUUGGGAGUAAUCCUGUAUCUGAUGGUUUAUGGGAAGGCACCGUUUCAACAGGAAUCAGUAGAAGCACGUAUCCAAGCAAUUCUCGAUCCGAAUAACGAAAUUCCUUUCCCAAUGAUUAGAAAUACAUCGAUUCACAAAGCGUUAAAAUAUUGCUUAUCCCGGGACUAUGAACAACGUCCAUCUGUCUAUGAUUUAUUAAGUUAUGAGUAUGCUCCUAAUACAAAUAUUUUUAACUAUUCUAGGGUAGAAUAUUCAGUGUUGGCUAACGAUAAUACCAGUACAAUGGAUGAAGCCUAA